GUCCAGCCCUCUUGGUCUGGACUUUGAACAUGACAAGGAGUCACGAGCGAAGGGGCAGAAAGUACAGGCCCCGUUCAGGGUCUUGUGGGGUGCUAAUGGGAUCGUGGAGAAUCUCUAUGGGAGAGAGAAGCAGUUGGCCUUUUGGAGGGGGUGUUGUGAACGACUGGAUGAAGAGGGGAGCAAGGCUGUUCCGAGUGGUCAUUAUAUUCCUGAGGAAUUGCCCGACACUGUGGUGGAGAGUGCGCUCGACUUCUUCAAGCUCACUUUGAAGUGAGACAUACGCUCGCUCGCGGCUCGGCACGCACGCACGUCCAGCAAUGACAUGCAUCUCGUCGUCCGUCAGGUCGAGUUGGGUCGACGCCUGGCUGCUGCUGCUGCUGUUUGCCUUUGCACCACACGCCUCGAUCUCGACCUUGGGCACGCGCCCGCCUGGAUGCCAAAUCGACCCAGCGAUCAACUGAGCUCCUCGCCCCUUUCAUCCCCUCCCUCGCCUCCCUCCUCAUCUUCUCUGAUACCCUUUCCUCGCUCCCACUCGCCACCACCUGCACAAUUCGUUCCUGAGCCGCGUCCUUCUGCUGCUCAUCAACGGCCACGCACCUCCGUCGCCGCCGCCGCCGCCGCCGCCGCGCAUCCCGCUCCGGGCCUAUCACUGAGCGCCACUCUGUUCCUCUUCGGCCUGCCAGUGCGACGCCUCAUGUCUCUGCCUGCUUCUCCCCCUCAUCUCUUGCCUCUUGAGCUAACCGCUCACGGCUUUGUCCCAGCGAGCAAGACGAUAGCCAGUACGUCGACGUCUUUCUCGCUGCCCAGGACGCCUUGGGUUGGUCCCCCGCCUGGAGGAGCGACAACAGCAGCAGCAGCAGCAGCAGCCACGCCUACGCACAUACGCUUGUCACUCUCACCAGCAGCACCAGCAGCAGCAGCCAAGACACGCAACACCAUCGUGGCGCGUCGCUCCCAUCUUACCAUUCCAUCGCGCACCACAUCUCUCCCCACCAAACGAAUCCUCACGGCUGUGAUCCGCAACCACUCUCGCCCCUUUAGCGCUAACGCUACGACGAGCCACAGUCACGCCGCGGCCCUUGCUGCUGCCCAACGCUCCACCAGGCCCAAGAACACGGUCCGCCCCUUUUCGGCUCCUUCGCCUACUUUUGUCCGCUCGACUUCCCCUGCCCAUUUUAUGGGUGCAAUCGUGAAUGCGAGUACCAAGAUCACAACGCACCGUAACCAGGGGACAAUGACGACCAGUACGACGACGAGGCCCGUCUUCCCCAUGCCUGCGCCACCAAGGAUGUUUGGAAAACAAGACAGUGCAGAGAGGCCCAAGUCGAGCAAGCUGGACGCCGUGGGCGAUGGGCCCAACGUCAACAGGAGCGCCGAGUCACCCGUUGAUACCCCUAUUUAUCGCAAGCCGCCGCCUCCCCGCCCUCAUUACACUGGCACCAGCACCAGCGUCGAUAGCAAGGCGGAGCGAGAUCUGCCCACUCCACCUUCUCCACGCUCUCCCUCGCACCAUCAGCCCAUGUUCGACAGCGUAUCCCCCUCUGCCCUCUACAUAGUGGACAAGACCAUGAAGGGGCAAGGCUUGCCUAAUCUCAAGUUCAUCAUCGAUGGUCAUUCCACUUCGAGCACGACGGGCAUGGCGGUUUAUGCUUGGAGGGAGGUGAUUGAGAGGGUGUGCCCGAAGUUGAUUGAUGAGAUAUCAGACGAUGGCCUACUCAUCCUCGAAGGGGAUCUCACCAUCCCGCAUCCAGCCCGCGCGCUACAGCACAAUCGCUCUACCACGACGACUGCCACUCACAACGCCCGCCGCAUGAGUGCCUCGAGCCGCACGAGCGCGCGCCACCCCAUGCCCACGCCAGCAAGCGUGCCCCUCCUCUCCCUCCCCGGCACCGCCAAUACCGACAAUGACAUCCCCAAGCCAGACCCAAUCCCGCGCACCCAGUCCAUCUCCCAAGCCCAAGUAGCCGCACUGGCCGAGCUGGCGCUCAACGUCGAGCUAGAGGCGGAAGCUGCCAAACAGCGUAGUCCACCCCGCGCCAUCUCGCCCUCUUCUACCCCUGGCCGCAAGAUUCGCGCACGCCUCCUCUCCCUCCGCAAAGUGGGCGGGGCUGGUCGACAUGAGAGUGGGGGCAGCGAUUCGACCGAGCGCAAUGACUCUGCUGCAACGAAGGGCGUGAGGCGUGGGUCGGCUUGGUGGGAUCAGCUGGCCCACCAACCCAUCGUGGCUCCUCCUCCAGCUCCUCCUCCCCUACCACUGCCGCCGCUGGGCAGAACACAUCCCGGCUCAGAGAGGACGCAAAGUGCUCCUAAGCUCAGUGACCCUUCGAGCUUCUCCGCCAACGGCAGUGGUCACAGCGGCGUUCAAGAGGAGAGAAAGCGAUCUCUCUCUUCGCUCAACAGUCUGCGCCCCAAGUCACUCCUCUCUGGUGCGCCUCGUCCUCGAUCGAGCAAGGUCUCUGGUGAGGGUAGUAGGAGUUUGCUCAAGAUGAGCUCCUCGAGGAGGGGGAGCAGGAGCAUUCAUAAGGAAGGCGAGGAAGGGGAACAAGAUGCAGAGGAGAUGGAGAUGGGAUUGAUCCCUCGUAUGGGGAAAGUACAUGGCGAGCUGGUAAGAGUCAGGGGCUGCGACCUGGAGACAUUGAGGGCUUUGAUCUUCUACUUGUGCACCAACCAAGUACACUUCCACCCCUCCGCCACCCCGACGGGUCCAACCCCCCCAUCACCCCCCCUCUCCCCCCUGCACGGGUACACCCUCUCGCUUCAACUCUCCCUCCCCUCCCUCCUGCACCUCUCUCACACUUCCCUCCUCUCCCCCCCCUUCCUCACACCAAGUACGGUCCUCUCCCACCUGCUCAGCCCUUUUGCUCAACGUUUCCCGGCAAUUAGGCGCGAGUGGCUUCGUUAUGCUAGGCAGAGCUGGGAUGAGGUGAGGGGGUCAGAGGGGAGUAAAGAGGUGUGGAGGAGGUUGGCCAGGGGUGAGUUGGAGGGAAGUGAGGGAGCGUUGAUGGAGUUGAUGGGUGGGUUGGGGGUGGGGAAGGGAGUGGGGGUGUGAGACGUUCUCCGCAUCUCCACGAUGAACAUGACGACGAGGUGACGAUGUUUAUCUUUUGCACACCUUCUUCCCUCCAUUCCAUCCUGCGAGCUGAAUGCUCGACGCUGCGCUAUGGUCUACACUAUUUUUAUUCGCCUCCACUCACGCACCUGUUAUUCAGUAUUAUCGUCUUGUCCUUCUUCUUCGACUCUGCAUAGAUCUCUUUAUACCUCGCUGCUCUUGAAAAUUGCGUACCUGCUUAUCCCUUACACAGGACCGGUGUGUGCUCUGCGAAUUACGAGGUCGAGAUCAAGGUCGACGUCGACGUCGAGGAGGAAGCCGUAAUGGCGAU